AAAACCAGACACACCGCGCUGAGCAUCUGCUGAGAACAGCCAAGAAACCAAAGAAGCUGAAAAACAAACUGCCAACUGCUGCCAACUACCACAAUGAAGGCCACUCUUGCCAUUGUUGCUCUCCUUGUCCUGGCUCUUAGCUUGACCUCUGAGGCCAUACAGGUUGAGGAGAAUGGAUUGAGUUUCUCCUUGGAAGCUGUCAAGAGGCUCCAGGAGCUGUCGGAGAACAGGGCCAUGACGGGACAACUAAACCCGAGAUUCAGGGCAAGCCCCGUGUCCCUCUGUGCCGAGCCCAUGCUCCCCCAGGAGCUGCUGCCCCUCUGCAAGCAGACCGGAGGGUCUGCAUCUCUGGUUAGGCUAGCUGUGGUUCCCAUUGACGUUUGUGAGAUAUGUGCCUUUGCCGCCUGCACUGGUUGCUAAACUCCUGCUGCAAGCCAGAAACAUCUUGCCUUGCCUUGCCUGGCUAGUGAUCUUUUUGUCCUCCCAUCCCCUUUAAAACCUAAUAAUUGUUUCUCUGAAAUGAUGAACCAAACGCUUUAUCCCUGAUUUUGACCCAGCCUCAGUGGGCACUUGAUGUAUUUUGAAAUAACUAUUAGACCAAAAAAUGGCCACAAAAGAUCAGACUGAGGAAUGUUUCAAAAACUGUUACUAUGUCGCGUACUGACCUUAUUUUUAUUAUUCAACUGACAGCAUUUUUCCAAACUGUUUAUUUUGGAUUUUACUUUGGUUGUUACAUUUCUUUUACCUUACUAUAUAUUUAAGGAGAUGUUUUCUUUUUCACUUUUUUUUUAU